UUUUUAUUGUUUUAGUUGGAUGUGCUAGAGAAGUGAACGGAAUUCUGUACUUUGAAAUUGUAUGAGAAGUUAGCUACUGAAAGUUUAACUUUCAAUUUGAAACUAUUCAUGACUAACCUAUGCACAAUUCUGAAAUGUUAUUUAUUGUCAAAAUAGUUUAUAUAUUUAUUUGUAAAUAAGUAACGGAAUAGGAAGAAUUGGGAGUAUGCUGAUGUGAGAAAGGAAGGUGUUGUUGGUGUCAUGGUGGUUCGGUUAGCCAGCUGCUGUAAAUAGGCACAAACGGGAAUUUAAUCCUUUCUGGUCACUGUGUUAAAGACAACGGUCGAAUUGAGUGUACAUGAUGGUAGUGAGAUAUUCACACGUUACUGUGAAGUGCCUUAAUAUGAUGUUACUGUAAAUGUAUUAACCUCCUAGCUAUUCUAUACUCUGGCACUGAAGAUAGUGAAUCAAGUAAUGGAUUUUAUGUGCUGUGUUCUUUAUAUCAUUUGUGUAAAAGAGGUAUUUGCCUAUCUUAAGGCUGCUUUUUGAAGGUAUGGUAUCUCCUUCUAAAAAAAGAAAAGAUAGGAAAGGGUGGUCAGAAAAUGAUGACAAAUCUCUAAAUGUACAGAGAGAUAAGCAAGGAGGUUCCAGAAAACCAUCAAAAUCAUUUAAGCCUUUGGCUUCAAAGAAAUUUUAUUUAGACAUAAAGAAUAAUGGAUCAUUGUUGAAAGUGGAAACCAAGCUUAAAUCUUUGGGAGCUAAUAUUGAACAGUUUCUAGUGAAAGAGGUAAACUACGUAGUGACAGACCGCAAGAACUUUACCACAGCCGACAAUCAAGCCAGUUGUUCAACACCUGUGUUGUCGCCUUCACCAUCACCUUCUCCCUCCCCCUUACUCGGCGUUUCCUCCCCCAUUGAUGGCCUAAGCCAGAAAAAAACUAAGUCACGUGCAGAGGCGAUGCUGGAGAGGGUUCGACUCCAGCCUCAGACUGUUAGAAUUGACCCUCUGGACAACGCACGCUCCUGGAACAUCCCUAUCUACUCUAUACAAGAGAUCCUGCUGAAAUUGGAGAAGAUCUGUCACAAACAAGGCAGCGGGAAAAGUGUGCCCGGACUGAAGGUCCUGAGAGGACAUUACGUGAAGGUUGAGACUGGUAAAAGGCCCGAGUUCAAACAGCUGAGAGAGUGGCCUUCCAUCAACUUGAACAGCAACCGCGGAGAGAGCCCGUUCACUCCUCAUGGCGCCCCUAGAAUGACUCGGAAACUGAGUAAAGAUGGAAGCGAGCGUCUGGCCGCUGGCUACUGUGAACUGUGUUGUAUCGACUUUACGGACCUCAAGACCCAUGUGUUGACACCGCAACAUCUCAGGUGUGCCAACAACGCCGACUACUAUGCCCAGCUCGACAGCAUUAUCCAGUCAAAGACUGCCGAUGCCUUCUUUGCUUCACAAAUGUGUGCGGGUUUAGCAGCGGGGCCACGAAGAUGUUUGCGCAGCAGCUCCGUUGAGAGCCAAGCGACUACAAUGGGUUCACGCACCAGCACUCUCACACAGAACAACGGACAGCUGACGCCACGCACGCGAGCCUCCACUCGCUCACUUGACGAUGCUUGUGCCAAGAAACCUCUUGAGGUCCAUUGUAACGGGAUCGUGAACAACCAUAACCAUCUCACCCGGUCGGCUGUCAGGAGUGAUAGCAUCCUCACAAAGUAUUCAGGCCUUGAUUGUGAAGGUAUUUCAAGGAGAACGAGAACAAUAUCUGCUUCUUGUCCUGGAACUAACAACGAGCUGUCGCAGUUGUCACCGACAGGAAGUGACAUCACACAUCACCUGCGGUCUAGGAAACAGAUGUGGCUACCCACUAGCCUGCUGGGAACUACAGCUGAGGAUGCCCUCAACAACUCCAGACUUAGGGCUAGCAGGGAUUACCCUAUAUCAGAAGCGAUGAAGAGUCCUACUCAGGGCAAAGGGACUUUGAAGUCUCCAACAACGACACUGCCUGAGGAUUCUGUUGAGAGAAAGACAAAAACUAGUGUGAAAGAUGAACUGGACAGGAGUUUAGUGAGGCCACCUUCUGAUGACUUGAACGAUGCUGAGAAAUCAAGAUUACAGGACUCAACUGAUGAGGAUGAAGAUACAAGAGAAAGGGUUACUGGGAAGAAAUGUGAAAAUGCAAAGACGAAACCGGAGAUGUUGAAAAAAGUAAGUUUGAAAAAGAAAUUCAGAAAAAAAUCUUUACCCAGAGAAGUAGCUAAUUUAAGGUUUAGUGAUAGUCGGAAAAAAGUCCAAAAGAAGCGGCUAUCUGUUGAAGAGAAAUUAAUAGAGGAUAAUAGGACUUAUUAUAAGGUAGAGGUUUUAAAUUCUAAACUGAGAUCUACUGGAUAUUACAUAUCUCAGAGCCAGAGAGAACUGGAAUUGAGUAAAGCUAAUGGGAAUGAUGGUUGUGUCACCCAAAAUAGCACUGAACCAGCAAAGACUGAAGUAAAGUCAGAAGAGAAAGAGCCGGUUGUAGUUAGGUUCAAAAAAGUCAGACAGACGGAACUUUCAUUAUUAAGUGAUGAAGCUGAAAGUUUUAUGUUCGGAGAGCCCUCAAGACGAGAAAGUUCUGUUUCUACAGAAUCUUCUGAAGAGGAUGAUGAAAUUUCAUUGAAAGAGUCGGAUGAUCAUGACAGAAUAAAAUAUAAGAAGGAGGUGCUAGAUGAAAGUUCAUUAGGAAGUUGUAGUAUUGCAAGCAGUUCCACUUCUUCAAGAAGAAAACGAAAAUCACCUGAAGAAAGCUUUCUUCAAGACAAUGCAGAAUAUUACAAAUUUGAAGCAACAGGAUCCCGUUUAAGGUUUCAUGGAAACUUGUUUCCGCCGACACCAGUACCAGAGUGUAAAAAGGGGAUAGAAGAAAUUUCUGCAAAACAAGAAUCGAGUAACGACAGUAAAUUAGGAAAUUCUUUAAAAGUUAAAUUGGAUGAGAGCGAUUUCGAACCAGAAAAUAUAAUUGAUGAAGAGAAAAUACCUUGUGACGGUAGUACUAAUAGUUACAAUGAUCUUGAAUUUUCUUUUGAAAGUGCACCUAAACAUGAAUCCUGGUAUCAGACAUUUAAAAGACAGGAUGAGUGCAGUGAAUUUUACUAUCCUAGGUAUACCAAUUAUCCAAAAGUAUUGUUACCAUAUGAAUAUCCAAAUUCAGUAAUGAGGCGGAUUAAAAUGGCAGCAAUCAGAGAGAAACCAAAGAAAAGAGGUAGAAAACAGAAAAAAGUGCAGCAGCUGAUUGUAGAUGAUAAACCAAGAAAAUCUCCACGAUGUCAUGCUUCUACAUUAGCUAUAAUGUCAAGUCUGAUGAGGCGGAGGCCAAGAGAUUCCCCUGACAAGAAAUCGGAACUCCUCUCAAGUGAGCUUUCUUUAGUCCCAAGUGAAAUGAUAGGUUUAGUUCUUGAUGAAGAAUCCAGGUGCAGCACCAUUAUCGAGCCUCCAUCCGUAGCCCCUUCGGACACCCAAGUGUCUGUGACUCAGACACCUAUACACACAAUACCAGAAAUCAGGAUAGAUACAAGAGACAAUGUAUCUGAGUCGGAUAAGAUAGCAGCAGAAAUACAGAGGGCAGAAGAAGAGAUCGAUGAGUUGUUUACGCAAAUCUGCAGCAACAAUGAUGAUGAUGUGUUAGUUCAGAUGUUGCAGGCAGUAAAGAAAGAAGUUGAAUCUCCACCUGUGAAAGAAAGUACCAAUAACAGAAAGGGAAAGAGCAAGACUAAAACUGCUAAGCGAGAGCCGCCUAGUGAGUUUGAGGGGGUUAUGACUUGUUUACCAGUAGACCCAGAGGUAGUAGACAGCGAAGUGCCAAACUGUGGUAGUAAACCGGGUCCUAUCAUAGACGUGAUGAGUAUUAUUGAAGGAUAUCGCAGCUGUUCCAGUAUGGAGAGGGCAGACUAUGAACAUAUGAAUCCUCAUGCGGUUGAUGCACUGAGGGUUCUGAUCGCUGAAUCUUGCAACAGUUCGGACUGUGGAGGCUCCUCAGCGUGUGACUACAGUUUCCUAGAGGAUGGCAGGAUGUGCAAGAAAAGAAAGCGGAAAAAGAGAAACAUGACUGGAUGGCCCGCAAAUCACAAACGAAAGUUCAUCAAGAAGAAUGAAGAGUUGAGUAUGGUCGUGUUGAGGAGGAACUGUAAAGUGAAGGAGGGGAUGGGUGUAGAUUCAGUAGCAAUCAAAAAAGAACCUCAAAGCGAACCUCCAAGUGAAGAACUUGACGUUAGUAAAAUCGAUAUUAAGUUAAAAGAAGAACCUAGUGCACCUUGUGAGAAUCAAGAACAGACUUCAAAUGAAAGUGAUACGAAAGUGGAUUCAGUGAAACCUGAAGUUAAACCGUGUUGUAGUACAAUUUCUAGGACAACAAGUAUUGAUUCAUCUUCCAUUAAAAGUUUAGAGGUGCCGUCUUGUUAUAUUUGGGUUAAGAAAAUGCCUGAAGACUGUGUUGAAUCAUUCACUAGACAGUUACGAAGUUCAGACUCUAGUCCACCUAAAAACUCCUCUGUUAGAAGAGGGUCUUCUAGGCAAGCGAAAACAGCAGGCAGGGAAUCUUUGAGAAGGUGUAGAUGAGACCUAAAUUGUAAAUAAAUAGUUAGUAUUUUUAAUUUAUCUUAAUAUUCAAUCCAAAACAAAAUCAAAGUGACUGCCAUUACAUUAGGUAAACUUUAUUAUGUAGUUUAUAGCUUAUGAUUAUUUAUUUAUUUACAUGUUUUUAAAGUAAUUGUAAAAUUGUUAAAAAUAAGCACAUGAUAUUUAUUCAUUUCAAAGCACAUUAAUAAAAGUCUGAAUUCUCACCAUUUAAUUUUUGUAAAGUAAGAUAACAAUAUUUUCAUUGUUUCUACCCGUUAUAAUUUUAAUGAAAAACAAUAUUUGGAUUGAAUAUUGCGUAAUAGCGUAGAAAUAAAAGGUUUUUGUUUCUGAUCUAGGGAUAGUAUUUUAAAGUGCAGGAAUGUUGAACUGAAGGAAACUAAAAUUCAUAAAUGAGAUGCUUGAACUUUAAUUUAAAUUUUUAUGUAUCAGCUGAGUUCCUGUUUAAGCCAUUAACACAAUACUUACUAUAUUGGUUACAUUAUGUAUUAUUGAAGUUCAAUUCAUUCACCCUGCUUAGAACGUAGCUGGUUAUAAUAUCGGAAUUGAUUAUAAAGUUGCUGGAAACAUUAAGAUUUUAUGUUUUUUAGCUGGAGAAUUUGGAUGGAUCCAGUACAAAACUGAUGAAAUGUUUCUUAAGGUAAAGGGAAUGUAUUGAUUGUUUAUAUUGAAAUUUAUGUUUCCUGUGGAAACUUUUAUUUAAUGUUAAAGCUAAAACAUAUUUAAUCUGACCAUCAUAAUUACUCUUCAAUCUUCUGAAAAUGAGCAGAAUAUGUAUAAAUGUCAUAUAUUCCCACGCUGCUUUAGAUGAAGAGUUAAUUCUUAAUAUGGAGUAAUUUACAAUUUUCUGAACAUGAAAUUAACUGAGUAGUCCAUCAGGUUAACUCAAUUACAAAAAUUUUUAGAAUUGUUCCCAAAAAUCAAACAUGAAAUUAAAAUCAAACAUUGAUAAAUCAUCCCACCAUUACACAACAAAAACCAAGAUGUCUGGUUUACCUCUUUUUAAAAUCAUCUUAAUUAUUGUUGGUACCAUUGUAAGAUUACACACAAAAAAUGUUUUUUUUUCUUUCAAAUAGUGGAUUAGGGGAGCAGGGGAAAGGAACUAUAAUCUCAAGUAUUUAUUGUAAAGUGAUAGUUAUAUUAUGUAUAAAAACUUUGUUGUUUAGGUAAUUAACACAAUACUUACUAGAUUGAUCAUAAUCCAUCAAAGUUUUUUGACAUAAAGCACACAUUUUCUUUAAAAUAUGAAAACUAGUUGAAAGUACAAUUACACAAUUUUAUGCCCAAAACAUUUUAUAAUAUUUCAUGGACUUUUAUUCAAGGGUUUGAAAGUAAGUUAGUCUAUGUGAAGAUAAGCUAAGGCAACUAAAAAAUUUGUGAAGUGACCUAUGCUAUGUAAUUAGGCAAUCGCUAAUUUAAUGAUAUUUAUACAAAAUUCAUUGUAAUUUCUGGCUUGAGUAGGCCUGUGGACAACAAAAUGUGAGCAUUCUAUAGGAGUCAAAGUUGGCUGUGAACAAAAAGAAAUUACUGUAAAAAAUGUGCAUAGAAAAUGGAAUAAAAUAUUAAUAAUAACAUGAAAUGUAUACAUCUCUGAAAUCAGAGUUAACUUUAAGUGUGGAAAAAUAAUCAAAUUUGAGAAAAGACGUGUUAUUAUAUUAAAAUGCAUUAUGUUGAUAUUAAAAAUUAAAUAUGGAUGGGACCUCACUGAGUAAAGUACAUAACUAUACGGAGAGAUCAAAUUAAAGAUGUUUACAAUGGUGCUUUUUAUUAAAGAGAGUUGUCUUUAAUUUAGGUUUUUUUAUUCUUACUUUUUACAAACUUCUUUGAGGAAAGAAUAUUAUUUCAAGCUGUCAAGUUGGGUUGUGAUGCAAAUAACCAAUAACAGGAAGAAACAAAAUGUUUAAAUUGAUAAUUUAAUUUUUGUUAAGUUCUCAAACUUAAAAUGUUUUUAUUCUGUAUGUGAGAGUCACUUGAAAAACAAAAAAAUUGAAUUGGGUUUAAUGACUGCUGAUUUUGUUUCUCUUGAGUCAAGCUGUAAUUGAAUUUGGGUUAUGGUCUCCGACUGACAAUUGAACUAUUUAAUAAGUAAAGUGUAAACCGACUAGUCUCUUGACAGUUGUGGCUUUAAUGGUUAAAUUUAAUGUAUAUUUGAGCCUUAAGAAUAGAGUGUAUAAAGUUCCUAAACGUUGGCUAUAACAUUUGAAACUAGUUAUUUAUGGAGAUGUACUAGAUGUGUGAUACAUGUGGACUUAAAUGUACUAGCCGCAAGAGUAAUACUUAAUACUAGCAAGAGUAGAAUUUUUUAGUAAUUAAAACGUAAUUUUUGAUUAAUUGCAUUGUUGGAAUAGUGUAAUUUAAAACAAUGAUAAGAAGAAACAUUGAAAAUUAACUGUUAUUAAUUUCAUUCCAUAUCAUGGCCACUGCUUUGUAAGUUAAAAAAAACCUGUUGAUAAUUUCAGUUGCAAAAUUAAUAUGCAUACGUAUUAACUGUUGAUAAUGAAAAGUCUAAUGUUGUUUCUAUAUUUUUACAUUGUACGGGUAUAAGUGAUUCAAACCAAGUUUGUCAAUAUUUUAGUAAGAAUAGGACCUACAAAUAAUUUUGGUUUUGUAAUUUAAGUAAAAUUUGUAAAUUAAUAUUCAUUAAAUAGUUUACUUAAAUGGCUUGAAAAAAUCGUAAAUGAAUAAAAUCAUCAGCAAUUGAAGAGUUUUACGAAAUUUGAGUUAAUUACCAGACUUAAAUAAAACAUACUGUUUUAAAUAUGUGUGUUAGCAAUUGCAAUGUCAAAUUUUCAACUAUUUUGUUAAGAUUAUAUAGUAAAAGUAAAAGUUGUAAUAUUACUCGUUGAUGAUUGGCUGUUUUAUUUGCAUAUUAUGCAAUUAAAAUGGCAUACAGUAGAUUUAUUGUUAGUGUUGGCUGGAAUAUUCUAUAAUUAAGUGAUAUUGUUGAAAGGUCCAUUGAUAUGUUGGAAACACUAAAUUAAACUAACCUGUAAAUUAUUUAUAUCAGACUAGUCAACUUAGAUGAAGACACCAAUUUUUAAAAUUGUUAAAACAGAGUUAUUAAUUUAUGUAGAAUUUAUGUUAGAACAAAAUAGUAAUGUCAUGUAUUAGAUAAGAAACAUUAAAUCUGAAAAGAGAAAGUGUUAGGUGUAAUUUGGAAUUAAUCAUAUAUUGAAGGAAGGAACCAUCUUUUCUGUACUGUAAAUAUAAAAAAAAAAUAUUUAGUUAAAAAGUAUGAUGUGAUGGAAGUGAGAGAAAUAUUUAAACCAAACACCAGGUGAAAUAAGUAAGGAUUUAGGGUGUUCUCUGUAUUGAAACAUAUUUUUUAUUGGUGCUAAAUUUUGAUGUAUUCUUAUAUUUUUGUUUCUAUAAGUUUUUACAAUUCAACCUCAACUCACUACUCUAGAACUGUAAAAAUCAUCUUUCAUGGUAAGAAAACAAUACCAUUUAUACUAUGGUAAAGGUACUUUUCUCUACUAAAGUUCCUAUCUCUCACCAAUAAUUCUUUACAUUCAGCCUGAUUAAAUAUUACGAAACAUCAUUAUACAGUAGUUCAUACCUCUCCAAAAAAAUAAAUCAGUAAAAAGCAUAAGUUUAGUGCUCGAAGAGUUUAAAAGAUUUACCAACAUCUAAAACAGAAAUUUUACAUUGAAUAACAAAAAUGUUCGGACAUUUAGAUCAUCAAUGUUAUUUAAUCAGAUAAUCAUUAUACAUUUUCUCAAUUAUGUACAGAAUGAUUGGAAUUUAAAGACUAUAUUUAAGUAGUGGCCACUCAAUUGGUGUGAUUUUGGUAGUGCAAUAUUUAAUUUUACUUUUGUGAAACACUAUCUCCCAUGCCUGUAUAGUCCAGCCAUGUUAGAACCAUUUCAUUUCAGGGUACUUUGAAGAAAUAAAUGUAUCUAUUAAUACCAAGAGCGGUGACAAUAUAGUUAAUAUAAAGUACAAUUUUGCAGAAAACCAACAUUCACCAGUCGGCGGCAGUAUUGUUGGACAAGUAUUAAUCCAUUGUUAAACUUCUGUCUUAAAUCUUUACUUUUUUGUUUGACAACGUAAGAGUAGUAUCUGUGCAAGGUGAUGUUUGUUUAUUACUUUUAUAAUAAACAAGUCAUUCUCUUCAAGUAAAUUUAACAAAAUCUGUAUUCAUAUUUUUAUUAUAUUAUAUUUUAAUAAUUUUUAUACGAAUAAAUGUUUAAAACUUGCCAUCAUAUCAAAUUUGGUAUAAGUACAAAUUAAAUUUAAAGAAGUGCUAUUUGUUGUUAAGGGUUUUGUCUGUUAAUAAUUUGUCAUAUUUUCUUUGUUGAUUAUUAUCAAUUAAAAUUUUAAAUUCUGAUGUAAUGUUUAAAACUUCAGAAUUUGCAAUCCACACUAUUAUUAUACUCUACUUUGUUAAUUAGCUUUAUAUUGGUUAGUAAAUUGGAAUAAACGGUUAAAUAAUAUUGAUUUCAUACUUUUAUAAAGUAACUUUAAAAUAUUUUUUAGCUUUUUGUCGAAUAGUUUUUAGGAUGGUGUCUAUUUGUAGAUACAGAUUAUAUAGUACAUAACCCGACAGAGUAUUGUAUAGAUAUAUUGUACAGUAGAAUUUAUAUAUGCAUAGCCAUUUUUGUACAACCAAAGAAUCUGUCUUUGUGCAUUCUUCAAGAUUUGGUAUGUAAAUAAAUACUUUCCUUACAAA